AAAUGGUCGGCAUGCCAGGCGCGGGCUCAGUAAAUGGCCACCCGGCGUAGGUUACGCAUCCAUUACGUUUAAAAAUCGAAUGUUAUAAUGAUAGAAAUGUCCAGUAGACAAAAUUUGUAUCCGACAAUCACUGCAACUAACGACGACCACGAUUCGGAAAGUAAAACCUGCGGGAAGAUCCUGGUCGUUCUGUCAUGGGUCCUGGUAGUCAUGACUAUGCCUAUAUCUCUCCUCAUCUGCUUCAAGGUCGUCCAAGAAUACGAGAGAGCCGUCAUCUUUCGGCUCGGCCGGCUGCUUUCUGGAGGCGCGAAGGGGCCGGGUAUAUUCUUCAUAUUGCCCUGUAUCGACACGUACGCCCGAGUGGAUUUGCGGACACGAACAUACGACAUUCCACCUCAGGAGGUACUAACUAAGGAUUCUGUGACGGUAUCGGUGGACGCGGUGGUCUAUUACCGCGUCCACAAUGCUACCAUAUCCAUAGCCAACGUUGAAAACGCCCACCACUCCACACGGCUCCUGGCACAAACGACUCUUCGGAACACGAUGGGAACCCGCCCGCUGCACGAGAUCCUCAGCGAGCGCGAAACUAUAUCCGGCAACAUGCAGAUCUCUCUGGACGAGGCGACGGAGGCUUGGGGGAUCAAGGUCGAACGCGUUGAGAUCAAGGACGUCCGCUUGCCGGUGCAGCUGCAGCGGGCCAUGGCUGCAGAGGCCGAGGCCGCUCGCGAGGCCCGCGCCAAGGUAAUCGCGGCCGAAGGCGAGCAGAAGGCCUCGCGGGCGCUGCGGGAGGCCUCGGAAGUUAUUGGAGAUAGUCCGGCUGCUCUCCAGCUUCGGUAUCUGCAGACAUUGAACACCAUUUCAGCGGAGAAAAACUCGACAAUAGUAUUCCCUCUCCCCAUCGACCUUUUAACUUAUUUUAUGAAGGCAAAGGAAGAAACUAUGUAAUAA